AAGCUCUACUCCAGCAAGAGGUUCAAAGAUGAGCAGAAAACCUAACAACCAACUACUCUUCUCUCUCUUCUUCUUCAUUUUCUUUAUUCUCUCUCCAAGUAACCUGUUCACUAAAAUGGCCAAGGCUCAGAACAACACAAUCCCAGUGAAUGUAGGGGUGGUUCUUGACAUGAAUACAUGGGUUGGGAAGAUGGGUCUGAGCUGUAUUACCAUGGCUCUCUCAGACUUCUAUGCCUCUCAUGGCCACUACAGGACCAGGCUUGUCCUUAACACCAGGGACUCCAAGAAAGAUGUUGGUGGUGCAGCUGCAGCAGCUCUAGACCUGCUCGAAAAUGUUGAAGUGCAAGCCAUCAUAGGACCAGAAACAUCUAUGCAAGCUGACUUUGUAAUUGAUCUUGGAGAAAAAGCUCAAGUACCCAUAAUUUCAUUUUCUGCAACAAGCCCUUCUCUCUCUUCAAUUUGGAGUCCAUACUUUGUCCGAGCUGCCCUAAACGACUCAUCUCAAGUGAAAGCCAUAAGUGCUAUUGUUCAAGCCUUCGGAUGGAGAGAAGUUGUUCCAAUUUAUGUGAACAAUGAGUUUGGGGAAGGCAUUAUACCAUAUUUGACCGAUGCAUUGCAAGACAUCAACACACGUGUCCCCUACAGGAGUGUCAUUUCUCCAUUGGCCACAGAUGAUCAAAUUGUUGAAGAGCUUUACAAGUUAAUGACAAUGCAAACUAGAGUUUUCAUUGUGCACAUGAAUCGAACUUUGGCCUCGCGACUUUUCAUUAAAGUGAAAGAUGUUGGAAUGAUGAGCGAAGGCUACGUUUGGAUCAUAACCAAUGCAGUGACAAACGGUUUGAGUUCAAUGGACCCUUCAGUCAUUGAUUCCAUGGAAGGAGUAUUAGGUGUUAAAACUUAUUUUCCAACAACCAAACAACUUCAAGAUUUCACCGUUCGUUGGAAAAGAAAGUAUCAACAAGACAAUCCUACUGUAUUUAAUGCCCAAUUGAAUGUUUUUGGACUAUGGGCAUACGAUGCUGCAACUGCACUAGCCAUUGCAGUGGAGCAAGCCAGUGUUACAAACAGCAAGUUUCAGAAGGCAAACAUUUCAGGAAAUUCAACAACAGACCUCGAAAAUUUUGGAGUGUCCCAAAAUGGUCCAAAGCUUCUCCAAGCUCUACUAAAUACUAAAUUUAGAGGCCUCACUGGGGAUUUCCAUAUAGUUAAUGGGCAGCUUCAAUCAUCAGCAUAUCAGAUAGUCAAUGUGAUUGGCAAUGGGGGAAGAGGAAUCGGAUUUUGGACAGCAGAAAAUGGAGUUGUUAGAGAUUUAAAUGUCAAAAGUACCAAUUCCACUUUAAAUGCCAAUCUUGGAUCUAUUAUAUGGCCAGGUGACACUACAUCUCCUCCCAAAGGUUGGACGAUUCCGACAAAUGGAAAGAAUUUAAGGAUAGGGGUACCAGUAAAAGGGGGUUUUAGCGAAUUUGUGAAGGUAACACCAAAUCCGGGAACUAACACGGCAACAGUCACUGGAUACUGCAUAGAUGUGUUUGAUGCUGUAAUGGCAGCAUUACCGUAUGCAGUUCCUCAUGAAUAUGUUCCAUUCGGAACUCCUGAUGGCAAGAGUAAUGGGACUUAUGAUGACAUGGUGUAUCAAGUGUAUCUUGGGAAAUUGGAUGCUGUGGUUGGAGAUACUACUAUUAUUGCAAGCAGGUCACAAUAUGUGGACUUCUCAUUGCCUUACACCGAGUCUGGCGUGUCUAUGAUGGUGCCAAUUAGAGACAACAGGAGGAAAAAUGCAUGGGUGUUCUUGAAGCCAUUGACAUGGGAGCUUUGGGUGACAAGUUUUUGUUCUUUUAUUUUCGUAGGGUUUGUGGUUUGGGUUCUUGAGCAUCGGAUAAAUGAAGACUUCAGGGGCCCUCCUUCCCAUCAGAUGGGAUCGAUCUUUUGGUUUUCCUUCUCAACCAUGGUUUUUGCACAUAGGGAGAAGGUUGUGAGCAACUUGGGUAGGUUUGUGGUGAUCAUUUGGUGCUUUGUUGUCCUAAUCCUAACUCAAAGUUACACGGCGAGCUUAACUUCAAUGCUAACAGUUCAACAGCUCACACCUACUGUUACUGAUGUAAAAGAACUUAUAAAUAAACGGGAAAAUGUAGGCUACCAAAAGGAUUCUUUUGUUCAUGAACUCCUGAAACGGAUGGGAUUGGAUGACACCACGCUUAAGGUAUAUGGCUCUCCAGAGGAAUUAGAUGAACUCUUUUCAAAUGGGAGCAUUGCUGCUGCUUUCGACGAAAUCCCCUACAUUAAGCUCUUUCUCGCCAAAUAUUGCUCUAAAUAUACAACGGUCGCACCAAUAUAUAAAACCGACGGCUUCGGCUUUGUCUUCCCAAUUGGUUCGCCACUAUUGCAUGAUGUUUCAAGAGCAGUCCUAAAUGUAACUGAAGGGGAAAAAAUGGUAGGCAUUGAGAGAGCAUGGUUUGGGCAAACCAAUUGCCCAGACCCAAGCACCUUGGUUUCUUCCAACAGUCUAGGCCUCGAGAGCUUCUGGGGUCUUUUCCUAAUUGCUGGGAUUGCUUCACUUUCAGCUUUCAUAAUAUUUACUGUUGUGUUUGUGUAUAAGCAUGAGCAUGUACUAUUGAGGCAUUCCGAUCCUAAUUCCUCAAUUUGGGGAAAGAUUGUGGAGCUAGCUAGACACUUUGACAACAAAGACCUAUCUUCCCAUACUUUUAGAAAGAGUGAACCGCGAGUCAAAAAUGGUACUGACAUUGUGGAUAGUAUGGUUGCACCACAAGCCUCUCCUAAUGUUCAUGGCCCUUCAAGUCCGUCAAGCUUCUCACUCCAUGCCACCCCUAAUUGUACCUGCCCACCAAGUCCAUAUACCUUUUCAAACCAUACAGAUGGGAAUUUUGAUUCUUCCGAAGGAACUCCUUCUUAUGAAUCUGAAGAUCCAAUUUCGCAAGGGCAAACAGCGCAAGAGGUGGUGCCAGUCAUUGAAUUUGCUAAUCCAAAUACACAGCAAGUUCCGAGUCCACAAAUGAAGACCACUGAUACUAAUGUAUGAUGAUGGCAUUGCCAUCUCUAAUUGUAUAUUAAUGUUAAGAGUUGUACCUAUGCAUUCUGAUUAAAAUAUAGUUAAUAACCUAA